AUGCCUCCGUACGUGUCACGAGCUGCGCUGUUACGCAAUCAGCUUGCUGCUUCCUCGAAUGUGAGACGACGAUUUACUCACAACAUGCCUAGGACCCUCCCCAUUUUCUCCUUGGAGGGCAAGACGUGUGUCGUGACUGGCGCCUCUCAAGGCCUCGGCGCUCAAAUCCUCGCUGCAUUCGCCCUGUCCGGUGCCAAAGGGGCCGUUGUCGACCUAUCUAAGGAGUCAGCAGACGAAACCGUGAAGAACCUUAAGCAAGAAGUCACAGAUGCCGGCCUUCCGGAGCCUGAAAUCAAAAGCUAUGAAUGCAAUACAGCGUCAGAAGAGACGGUUACCAAGACGUGGGAUCAGAUCGUCAAGGACUUCAAGAGAGUGGAUGUUUUGGUCACAAAUGCUGGCUCUGCUGGUGGCUCGGCUGCCGAGGACUACGACUUCAAGGAGUGGCAGAAGCUGCUCGACGUCAAUGUCAACGGCACCUUCCUCUUUGCAAGAGCAGCAGGAAAGCACAUGAUUGAGGAGGGAAUCAAGGGCAACAUCAUCAUGGUCAGCUCGAUGAGUGGCAGCAUUGUCAAUCGACCUCAGAAGCAAAGUGCUUACAACGUGAGCAAAGCUGCAGUGAGCCAUAUGAUGCGUUCAAUGGCUACCGAAUGGGGUGAACAUGGUAUCAGAGUCAAUGCUCUUUCACCCGGCUAUAUCGACACCGCAAAGACCCAAGGCGAAGAGAUGGAGAAGAUGAGCAAGGAAUGGGUGGACAUGAUUCCUCUGCACCGUAUUGCAAAGCCAGAAGAGUUCCGCGGAACGGUCGUGUGGAUGGCUUCUGAUGCAUCGUCGUACCUCACCGGCAGCGACAUUAUCGUUGACGGAGGUUACACUGCAUGGUAA